UUUCCUUUUACAAAACCUCGUUGUUGCCAGUGAGAAUAUUUAUCCUCAACUUUAUCGUUUACCACUGAACAAAAAGAGGCGAGUGUGAGUGGUGGCAGAUCCUCCCUCAUAUCCUGGCGAGUUUGUUCUUUCCUUCUUGUUUUUAAUUUAUUAUCAGCACCCUACAUCACGCAGCGGGUGCUUGCUUUUUUUUUUUUUUUUUUUUUUGCAGCCUGCUGUAUCGGUGCCGGUCGCGUGGCUUCUUUGUGUACGGCAGCUGCUCCCAAAUGCACGGGCAAACUCAGCGGCUUGGCACAGGGCUUUAAAACACAGCAACACCAGCCCUGAAGAAACACCAACUCGUCUCAUCUCCGGAGACCGAGCGAUCUAGAGUACCUGCAUAGCCGAGUUCUGAAACUACUGUAAAAAAGGGGAUUCUACUGAACACAGCUCCGUCUGCACAGCUUUAAAUCAAAUCACACCUCGACUGCGCAGCGACUGGAGCAACAUACCUAGCACUCACUUGAAUGCGGAUAUAACAAGAACGAAGAAACGUGGGAGAAAGCACUUUUGAAAACCACAGUUACUCAGAUUUGCACGUUACUGUAUUACAAAAAACAAAAAAGAAAUAAUGGAUGUACGGUUUUAUCCAGCUGCUGCUGCGACCGCGAUAUCGGGAGAGCCUCCCAACCUGGAUUUUUCCCAGUGCCUAGGGUACUACAACUAUAAUAAGUUUGGGAACAAUAACAACUACAUGAACAUGGCGGAAGCAAAUAAUGCGUUCCUUGCGGCUAGCGAGCAGACGUUCCAUACCCCUAGCCUGGGCGAUGAGGAGUUUGAGAUCCCCCCCAUCACCCCACCUCCGGAGACGGAGCACGGACUCGGCAUGGCUGAUGGGGUGUCCCACUUCCCAGGCCUGCCUGGCCCUCGGGCCACUCAUGGAAGCGAGUUCACACCCCAGUUCCCCCCUCAGAGCCUCGAGCUGCCUUCUAUUACAAUAUCUCGCAACCUCCUGGAGCAGGAGCGUGUUCUCCUGAACAAUGGACUGCCAGGGAACCUCGGCCAUCUCCACAGCCACCACUAUCGCCAUAGCCCUUCCAUGGUCAUCAGGCCUGUCGGCAUGAACAGUGCUUCAGGAGGGAUGAUGUCACGGAAUCAACUGACCACCAUCAACCAAUCUCAGCUGAGUGCUCAGCUUGGUUUAAACCUGGGGGGCCCAAACGUGCCACACACCUCCCCCUCCCCACCAGCCAGCAAAUCUGCAACCCCCUCCCCUUCGAGCUCCAUCAAUGAGGAGGAUGCAGAGGAAGGGAACCGGGUUAUCGGUGAGAAAAGACCGGCCCCGGAUUCUGUGAAGAAGCCCAAGACGCCAAAAAAGAAGAAGAAGAAAGACCCCAACGAGCCACAGAAACCCGUGUCUGCAUACGCCCUGUUCUUCAGGGACACACAGGCUGCUAUCAAAGGGCAGAACCCCAAUGCCACCUUCGGGGAAGUGUCCAAGAUCGUGGCCUCCAUGUGGGAUAGCCUUGGAGAAGAGCAGAAGCAGGCCUAUAAAAGUAAAACGGAAGCUGCCAAAAAAGAAUACCUAAAAGCUCUCGCAGCCUACAGAGCGAGCCUUGUGUCAAAGGCUGCUGCAGAGUCAGCCGAGGCGCAGACCAUCCGCUCUGUCCAGCAGACCCUGGCGUCCACCAACCUCUCUCCGUCUCUCCUCCUGAACUCCUCCCUCUCGCAGCACGCCUCUGUGUCGGCCGCGGCCCUAGCACUUCAGCAGGGCCUCCCCAGGGCCAUUGCCCCCAAACCACUGCAGAUGAGGCUGUCGGGGAACCAGAUCGUCUCCUCGGUUAGCGGCACGCCUCCCAACAACAUGCUGUCAAGCAUCUCCACCCCCUUGAUGAGCCAGAUGGGGGCAACGAUAGUGGCGACGCCUACUGCCGCUUCUCAGAUGAGCCCCUCCAUGGGGAGCUCUCAGCAGCACCAGAUGCAACACCUGCAACAGCAGCAGCAGCAGCACCAGAUGCAGCAGCACAUGCAACACCAGCAGCUGCAGCAGCAGCAGUUGCACCAUCAGCAGAUUCAGCAGCAAAUGCAGCAGCAGCAUUUUCAGCAUCACCUCCAGCAACAGCUGCAGCAGCACCAGCAACACCAGCACCACAUGCAGCAGCAGCAGCAGCAGAUCCAGCAGCAGCAACAACAGAUUCAACACAUGCAGAUGCAUCAGCAGCAAAUGCAUCAGCAGCAAAUGCUUCAGCAGCAUCAGCAUCAGCAAUCCCUGCCGUCUCCCCCGCAGCACUCCCCUGGAACUCCACAGUCAGUAGGGAGCUCGACGCAGAUAAACACAACAGCACUGGGUAGUCCGCAGCAAACCAUGCAGCAGCAGCAGCAGCAGCAGCAGCAGCAGCAGCAGCAGCAGCAUCAGUCCCAAAUACAAGUGCAGGCCCAGUCUCAAGUGUUAUCGCAGCAGGUCAGUAUCUUCUAAGCCAAAACAUUUUUUAAUAAAUAUGUGAAAGAAGAAAAAUAAAAGCAUCAGCUGGGUUGCUUUUCUAAGUUGCACUUAAGAAGUGUGUAAGUUUUACAGAGAACUGUCCACUGUUGUCGACAGAUACUGUAUGCAGGGAUGCAUAAUGGAACAAAUAGGGAACCAAAUUUUGUCUAUAAAAUAGGCAGCGUAUAGAAACUGUGGGUGUGUUAUGUUUUUGCCUCAGUGUUUUGGUAACGACUCUGGCACGCCACAAAGACGAUGUGCUGUAAUGUUCACUGGGAGACUCAUUGGUAUUCAUGAUGAAGAAUUAUUUGCAAGGGUGUUGGUAACUAUUCUGCUAAACUGGACUGGACUAUUACAAUGAGUUUGGACAAUCAUGCCUCAAGAAGAGAACACGCCAUGAAAGAUAAGCAGGAGCUGUGACUAGCGUGUAGGUAGUACACUGUUUUAAUCAAACGAAAUGCACCGCACCAUCAAACAAAAUGCGUGGAAACUGGAGUUUGGUUUUAUUUAUGUACCAGGAUAUUGUACAGGUGAUAGUUGCUGAACAGAGGCUACUAUAACUCCCACUUCAUUGGUCCUCAUUCCUUUCUUCUCUUGCACUGAAUCACAGUGCCUGUUCGUAGCCAGCUCCAGCAUUACAGGAGGUCAAAACAAGAACACGUGUGCAGUUUUACAGCCAGGUAGAAGCAUGGACAGACAAGGCUGACCUUGGAGGCCAUAAAAGUCAUUGUGUGUAAAAUGUGAUGUGACUCUACUGUAGAUGACCGGUGGGGGGGGGGGUGGAGGGGGGUUAUGGGUACGACGCUGUCCAUUUCAAAGUAAAGUAUUCUCAAGCUCAUUCAGAAUGCAUACAUGUUAAUGCAGCCAGGCACACCUUCAUGUUUUUAUUUUUUAUUUUGUGCAAAUGUGAAUAUUCUAUGGUAUGUGUAAACUAUAGGCGCUAGGCUGAUGGUUUCAUGAUAGGUGUAUUUUUUAAAACCAGAUGGUCAUUUCUUAAAUAAAAAAUAAUAAUAAUAGUAAUAAAAACCGUAGAAAACCAUUUUGAUGCCCUGUAUAUGCCAAUUUUAAAUGGGACAAUUUCGUGCCAAAAGUUGUACAUUUUUCAUAACACAUGGUGUAAAUUUUUCACGUGAAGCUUUAGUGUAAACAUUGGUAACAUGGACUGUUGAUUGCUACAUCUCAGUGUGUUUUAUGCUGUUUUAUAUUUUUUUAUGAGUUACUAUAUCAGCAAUCGCAUUGUUUGUAUUUUGCUUAACAGAAAGAGAAAUUCUUGCUUUUUUUAUCUUGCUGUAGAAUAAAUACAUUUCAGUAAAACCCAACUGUUUUUGAGCUCUUACUAGAAAAGCUUAUUUAAAGAAAAUGAAGUUUAAAAAUUUAAAAAAUGAACAAAAUGAUUUCACUGAACCUGGGAAACAGCUAGCUUGAUCAUAUAACUGCGCUCCUUCCAGGUGUAGAUCAUGCACCUCUUGAAGCAAUGCAAAUCAGUGAUGGAAAUAAGACUCCCAUUGCAUAGCAGUUUGAUCCAUCCCUGGAUUUACUAUGAGUUUUAAUAAGACUUACCUAAGCUUGCUACCUAUACACUGUUGCUUAUCAAAUUUGUAUUAAAAACUGGAAUGACUGAGACUGCUAUGCAAUAGGAGUCUUAUUUCCAUCCCUGUCGAUAAGCUGAAGGGCUCCCAUUGUAAAUUGUGAUCCCUGGUGGGGAGACUUCAUUAACUUGUACCAUCUUGGAUACAUAAGCCCUGCUAGCCGAGUGCCUGCUGCCUGUCAGAUCAGAUCAGAUCAGCUCAUUGCCUAUCAUGACUGAAACUCAAUUGCAAAAGGGAGAUGCAGAUUUUUUAUGCUUGUGUAUGUCAGGGAUACAUUUGCUUAAAAUCAGUCACAUGUGGGGCGGUGCCUUCGCACACAAGUGUGCACUACAUGUAGUAGGUUAAAAUAAUUUAUUUUUUUCUGACCCUUGUAUAUACUGUGUAUAUAUUGGAUCAACUGAAGAAUACAGAUAAUAAAAAAAAGAAAAAAACUAAACAAAAAACCAAACAAGGUCCAAAGCUUGGUGAAAUAUUUGCCAUUCCAAAAUAACGUUUAAUUUUCUUACACUAAUGAUUAUAUUUUCAAUGUAUCUAUAAACUGUAAAAGGGAGUUUAGGGGUGGAAAGAGAAUGCAAACAGUGCUCAGUCUUAAGAAACAUGUAAAGCUGCUGGAAGUCCCCAGUGGAAACCCACCAUGUCUGUUGAAAAGGUUUGUGUUGCUCACUGUUGUAAAUAAAAGCAAGCGCUGCUCUGGCGUGUU